CCACGAUCGAUCACGGCAGGAGAGCGCUUCACGCACACCACUCAGGCACUCACGCACACAACACAGACAGGCACUGACUGACCAACUAAAUAUAUGCUGCAUUGCCUGCUCGGGUGGCGAUUUGCAUCUGCAGGGGCCACCAAAGCAAUGCAAAGCAGCACCGAAGCAGCAAGCUAAGAAGCUAGCUGCCGAGGGAGGGAAAAAAGCAGCGACAGAGAAAAAGAGGAGGAACACCACACCACAUCUGCUUCGCAGUCACCACACGUAUAACACGCAUACACAUACAGUCAGUAGGUAGUCUACAGGUGGGUGGAUGGCCGGACGGACGGACUGCAGCAAGCAAGAGCUAUCGAUGAGCUAUCAACACACACACACACACACACACACACACAACAGAGAAAGGGAUCUACACACACAGCCAGCCAGCCAGCCACCACAUCAGUCAGUCACGCGCCCACCCUCCUCCCCCUCGCCCCUCCCGCUAAUGCUGCUGCUGCUGCUGCUGGUGAUGGUGGCUGCUCUUGUCGACAGCGGUGCUCACUGUCGAUCCGCUUGUCGGAGCACCAGGACAUCCACACCGACGCACCCACCAGGUAGUGCGCGGCGAACAAGGCAAACACCGCCCCCCAUCUGUGGGCGUCGGACAGGCCGUACUCGUGGGCCUUCUCCAGCACGAAGCCCACGGCAGGCACCGCCACCAGACCCCCGACCAUCCCGCAUGUGUUGCCGGCAGAGAACAGCAGGCCGGCCUUGCUGGGUGCCAGGUCCAGGUGAUUCGCGCACAUCGCACCUGCACACGUGUGACACACACACACAGUGAGUGAGACAGACAAAGGCGGCCUGGGCUGUCUGUGCUUUGUCACAUGGGUCCAUCCAUCCAUCCAUGGCACCGACCAUAGGCGAAAGCGUGGCACCCGGCAGCCAGCGAGAGGAAGAGUGUCGCCUCGAGUGGUGUGGAGGCCACGAAGCCCACACCCAGCAGCCCCGUGGCGGCACCCACCAUGGCGAACACCUGCAGCACACGGCGGACCGUCCGCACGCGCCACCUGCACCACGAGGGAUGCAAUCAAUAGGAAAGCAGGGACAGACGACAGACAGGCAAAUUGGCGCUGACUGGCCGUCGGUCUGUCUGUCUGUGACUCUUCCUUCGGUGCUCCUUCCUGCACCGCACCUGGCGACGUUGAUAAGGUGGUCGGCCAGUGUGCCGGCUGCGAAGCCGGUGCAUGACUGCACGAUGUAGGGCACACACGUGUAGUACCCAAGGCCGCUCAUCGCAACGUGAUACCUACACACACACACACACACACACACAAUCGAGACAACGAUGGACUGACUGACACUUCUGCACGCACAGCUAGCACUCAGUCUCUCCCUUCUCACCGGUCGCUGACAAAAACCGGCAGCCAGUUGAGCAGCCCGAUCAGCGGCCAGCAGUGGCAGUAUUGCGCUAUCAGCAGCGCCCACACAGACCUGUGCUGCAGGAAGUCCACCAGCACCCCCAUCUCCCCAUGCAGAGCCCCCCCUCGCCGCCGCCUGCCGUCCUCAGGCUUGCUGGUCCUUCGCGCGAGGCAGGGCAUUGUCGGGCUGAUGUCGCCCGCUGCUGCUGCUGACGCUGAGAUCCCCUGUUCUUCAUCUCGCCAUGGGGUGGUUGCCUCCUCGUCGUAGAGGGACCCACCUAAUGGUGGAUGGGCUGCUGCCGCCUUUGUGCCGUUUGUAUGGUCCUGGUGGUGGUCCUGGUGGGACAGCAGUGGUGAGGAUGAGGGGGAUGAGUCGUCUUGACGGUGAUGGUUCUUGGUGGUGUUGUGGGGGAGUCUCCGUCUUGGGGAUGUCGCCAGCCUGCCACCAUCAGCCACAGAAGAAGAUUGAGAAGGAGAAGAAGAAGAAGCCACGUGACCAUCACCACUGAUGCCCUCAUCGCCACUCAUGGUUUUGUCUGGCUGCUUGACUGGUGCCAGCUCUCUGGCAUCUCCCUGUCCCUCGUCUACACCCAAUUCUGUGCCCAUCCCGCACCAUAAAGGUAUCCACGGCACCGCCAUCACAGCGUACACGUAAAACACCAAAGGCCACCCGCCCAGCAGCUGACUCUCGACCAACAGCGGCGUGAUGAAGAAGGCAAGAACCACACCGGGAUAAGCAGCAGCGGUCGUGGAGGCGGCCGCGAUGGAGUGGAGGUUGGAGGGGACGUACUUGCCGAUCAUGGCGUUGAUGGCCGGAAAGGCAACGCCUUGAGAAGCGCCGACCACAAGCCGGACCAGAAAGAUGAGCGGCAGGCCGCCGAUUUUCACCUGAUCAUGACGAGAGGGGAGGGAGUCCGCAGGCAGUGAACUGCACUGGCGGUCAUCUCAUCAUGCCCCUCUUCCUCUCUGCUCUGUCUGUGUGCCCCUCCCCUUACCGAUAAAGGUGUGAGUGCGGUGGCGGCCGACCACACAAUGAUGCCCGCCAACAGCACCAUCUGCCCCCCCAUCGCGUCGGCAAGCCACCCUCCCAGCAGCUGGGCCGGCGCAUACCCCCAGUAGAAGGCCUGCAGGACGAAGCCCUGCGUGGACUUGUCCCAUGAGAACUCCCUCGCCAUCGGCACCAUCACGCUCGCAAGACACUGCCUGCAGGCCACCACACAGACACACAGACACACAGACAGACAGAAAGACGGUGAGGGACUCACUGGCCAGCCACACAUGCAUUGCAUUGGCAUGAGAAGCAGUCACCACUCAACUCACCGGCAUAAGAAGUUGAGGAGCAUACAGACUGAGCAGAGGGUGAGGAAGAGCGUCACGCGCCUCGUCCGUCGCCUCUCCUCUUGCCGCAUGGCAGCGGCGGGGCAAGUGGAAAUGCUGUCGCGCGCUGACGCUGACCGGCCUCUAGUGAGCGGCUUCAGACAAUCAAGCACCAUCGUGGCCACUCGAACAGAGCGUUGGAGAGAGUGUG